AGCAAAAAAAAAAAAACAGUUGACGUCGGAUAACGUAUAUUUUGAAAGCGGGACUCGUCACUUAUUUUAAGCUGGUCAAUUCGCAAAUUGAGGACUGUUGACAUGUCAUUGACAUUUGUUUACAACAAAACUACAUGCAUAAUCAAAGGAGCAAAGUAAUAUGUUGAGAGUUAGCACAUACGUGUCUAGAAAUAUGUUCGGCAGAGAGUUUUCGUGUGCCACUUAAGUGGCAGAGAGUCGAGCGGCAAGGAGCUUUAAGAAAGGACUCGCUACAAUGGAUUAUGGCCAUUGGCUGCUGCAGCUGGCCAUCCACAUGCUGUUGGUUACGCGACGCAUUCAGUGUCUACUUGUGACUGACAUCAAUGUGCCACAAAUUGUUGAUUUUCGUGAUAACGUGACAUUAUCCUGCAGCUAUGACAUGAGUGGUCACACGUUAAAUUCGGUUAAGUGGUACAAAAACGACAGCGAGUUUUUUAGAUAUGCGCCGCUAAUGCAGACCGUUUUCCGAAAGUUCCCGGUGCAGGGCGUGCAAUUGAUCGAUGAUAGCUACGAAUGCAAUGAAUCCUCGUGCCGUGUGGAGCUUAAUUUAUUGGGCGUCAAAUCAUCGGGCGCUUACAGGUGCGAAGUGUCCGGCGAUGCGCCCCACUUCAAGCUAACCGCACGCUCCGCCAACAUGAGCGUUGAGGCUCUACCGCAGAACAAUCCGCUCAUCAGCAGCUUUCACUCCAUGUACCGAUUCGAUGAUUUCGUCCAGGUCAACUGCAGCACUGACUUCUCCAGUCUCUUGACCAAAAUAACCUGGUACAUAAAUGGUGUUAAGGCUUCUUUGGUGGAUCUGCAGCCGAUGGUGGAGACAACAAUUGCAGCACACGAUUACAAUCUGAGACGCGUCAUAUCACAACUGAACUUUUAUGCCAAUGAUCCACGUUUUCAUCAGCAGCGACUAGAACAACAGCGUGUUGUUAACCCAAUGCGUUUGGGCCUAGAUCUACGAUGUGUGGCAGAGAUUGAGAGUUAUCCACAGUUGGCGCGAGAGACGAGCCUGCAUGCGAUACUCUUUCGAGAUGAUAUCGAUCUGAAGAAUCAGAAAUUGUUAAAAUCUGCCGCACCAGGUGUCGCUUUGAUCGGCGCUCACCUGCUGCUGGCAGCGGCAACCGCAGCGAUAGCCGCCAUCAGCACACAGUGGUUAUUUUUGCCACUGACAUUUCAAUAUGGCGGACGGAAGUUGACGCGCUACAAAAUGGCGACCGGCAUGUCAGAAGAUGCAACUGUAACAAGCCAUUAGAGUGUUUGUUUGAUUGUUUCUGUUUUGUAUUUGAUUUGUGUACAUUUUUAGCUUUAAGCAACUGAAAUGCACGUGAGAAUUUACAACUAUAAAUUACAACUACAACUACAACUGAUAUGUACGAUACAUAUAUGUAUGUCACUUGAUAUAAAAUUAAGCCGCGACAAGCCAACUGUGUAAAUAGCCUGUAAGUAUGCAAUACAAUUAAAAUUCAUCAAUAAAUAUGCAAGCAA